AUGCCGGCCUGCUUUCGUGGCAUGGGCAUGCCCGAGAACACUGCGCCUAUAGUCAUCCGCUCAACAUUUACCGAACUCCUAGAUGUGCACAUCACUUCAGUUGUAGUCAUCACGCUCGCCUCCGAGAACGCGCAUAUUCGCUUCUUCAUCUCGAAUCCUGGCGUCCUCAACACGGCUUUCGCCAACUUUCACCCAAUGAGGAAGUUGCCACAGGAGGGCGCAGAGUCUAUUGUUCACAUCAUCGGCGAUGAUAAGGGCCAGUAUGACGAUCACGUGCAGUGGGGGUUCGAAGAGAGCGUCAUGAGGCCAGUUCCGUGCGACGGUAACAUCAUCGGCAACAUCGUGCUGUCGGGGCUCGAGCUGUUGAGUAACGGCGCGCUGACGUCGGGCCUCCACCGCGUCGUGCGGGCCCCCGCCGCGCAGGCCCCGCACGACCGUUACAGCGUUCUUAUCUGUUAG